CCUACAUAGGUACUGGUACAGUUUGCUUUGGUACAAUACGGUACAACAAGUACAUCAAACUAUUCGGGCCUACGUACGCCUAUAUAUUUUAUCUAGGUACCUUUUAAUGUACCGUGUAUGUGUUGUGCCGGUCUCUCCCUGAUUAAGGUACGAUACAUAGACACAUACACAGAUACGUACAUGAAAUCGUGGCGUAUCCCGUACAGCGAUUUCUUUCGGAUUAGGUAAAUAUACCUACUUCGGUACUAGGUCGACUAGCAUUUGGCCAUACCGAUCGAUUGGGAGAGAAAGGAUCAGAUUUUAUAUCCAAGGUUUAACGUUUAACGUUUAAUAAAGUGACACCGAGGUCUCGCUGUUUGGCUCGGGAGAGGUUCUCGGGGGCGCAUAGUUGGCAUUUGAUCGCCGUACCCCCUUGCUAUUUUCGGACGCACCCCACACAAACGCGCGACACACCAUAUUCGCUUGUGUGGUGAACAAAUCUGAGCCCCAACGAGUCCCGUCCCAGAUCUGCUCUCACCCACGUCACGCCCACGCCCAGCCCUGCCAGCUGUGCCAGCGUGGUGCCAGCCUAUCGUGAGCCAUGUACGCAGGCAACUAUGGCUUUUCCAAUGCUGUUCCUCCUGCCGGAUCACAAUACAAUGGUGGCGCCCCACAUUCAGCUUCGCAGAACCCUCAUUUGCAGCCCGGUCAAGGUCCUCCCAACCAGGCUUCGAUGUACAAUCCUCAGCAGUUUCCUAUGGGCGCGCAACCCGGAGUUGGCUUCCCUGGUGCCCCAAACAUGAUGCCGGGUCCCAGUCCUGCAGGAAUGAUGCAAAAUACCGGUAUGCCGCACAUGGCCGCCGCCAAUGGCCCGAUGCCUGGCUAUCAACCACCGUAUACGAACUCGCCGUAUGGUGCUGGCGUUCCCAGUUCUGUCGCGCCGCAAAUGAACGUCCCUACUAGCUAUGCGAUGGGAGGUGGUAUGCCUAUGUCUGGCUAUCCGAUGCAUCCUGGGAUGAAUCCGCAACAGCAACAGCAGAUGAUGCAGCGCAUGCAGCCAAAUCCAAACGCGCCGGGAAUGUCUGCUUCUACUCCUACGCCUCAGCGAUCCUUUCAAAAUCAACCUCCCCAGGGCACACCAACUCCUAAUAACGCGUCGAAUGCGCAACAUCAACACCAACACCAACACCAUCAACAACAACAACAGCAGCAGCAACAGCAACAGCAGCAGCAGCAACAGCAUCCAUUGUCGACACCACAAACUGCCCACGUUACACCCCAGAGCAAAACGCCGAAUAACGCGCAACAGCAACCUCAAAACCAGCCGCCGCCCAACAAUAUCUCGACGCCUCAAACCCCGACUUUCCCUGCCUCAGUCCAGAAUAACGGCCCCAACAAUGCGUCAUCUGGGUCAACACCCUUAAGUCCAGGCUCAGAUUCUAGAGAUAAGGAGAGAGUCGGCGUGAUUUUGGAGAUCAACAACGAAUUAUUACUAGAGGCUAUGCAGAUCCACUAUACGCGGGAUACACUCAAAAAGGAGAGGGCGUCGUCUAAUGGCACCGAUAUUAAUGCAAAUGAGCCGGAUAGGCCAACAGACGACGAAGAGAUACUAGCUCAGGACUACCUACACUGCAUGCGUAGACUGCAGUCAAACUUGUCAUACUUGGCAGCAUUGGCCGAUAAGAAAGGCAAUGUUCCGGCCGCGCCGUCUCCUACUUACCUGAGAGCCCCACCGCUAAACACCGGUGUUAAAUUAAAGAUGAUGGUAAGCCCGGAUGGCUCGGAGAGUCAGGAAGCUCCAGAUCGGAAUGAAACAGCCAAAUAUAUCCAAGACUUAUACAAAAAGCUCCAAGGUCUUUACCCAGGCAUUGACCCCAACAAGGAGCCAACAUUCCCAACUGUUGCUGGACGGCAAGGUACGCAAGCGGCAAACAUGGCAAAGCCUGGAUCGCGGACACCUGGUCAACCUAGUCCCAUCCCCGGAAGGCAAAUGACUCCCAAAAUGAUGACUUCGGCACCACCGUCUUCAGUAGGAAAUAUAACGACAGGAUUGUAGAGGGAUUUAAGACCACCUGGGAAUAUGUUGCUUUUGGUCUUAGAUACCAAAGCGAAAUUCGAACAUAAGUUAAUGUUGGUUGACGUAUAAUAUGGUUUCGGGGGUUCUGGUUUGAAGGACUGGCUUCCUAUUAUGAGAAGGGCGCCUUGCGUUCUCGCGCCUUGUAUAGAAAAAUACCCCAUCGAGGUCAAGGAUAUUUGGUGGUGACAUUGAGGUCUUGAAGAGAGAUGACUCGGCGUCGGCGUUAAAACUCGGAAUAGGUAGCUGGUUUACUUCGUUAGAUCACGUAUAUACCAUCGUGAGGACAUUGUAUAGUUUGCUCAUUAUUAAAAGUACGGAAAAGUUCAGCUCCAAUAC